CGUGUGGUGUGAAUUAUAAGCUCAUUAUCCAGAACAUGUAAAAGCUACAAAUUAUCCAGUUUCUUUGAUAUUUGAAAAUCAUUCAUAUACAACUGAGAAUUAAAAAGUUUCUUGACUAAAGGGAGAUAUGGCAAAGCUUUGUGUGUGUUGGAGCUCAAUGGUGCCAUUUCCUGCACCACCAGAUCAUGAUUCUAAGCAUCACCUGUUAAAUAUUAUGACUACUAGCUGUGGACUUGAUGAACAAGGAGCUGGGAGGAAGAGAUCAGUCACAGUUUCAGCUGCAAAAUCUGGUGGAUUUGCUUCAAUAAGUAAAGGGUGUUCAACUUGUAAAGGAAAGGGAGGCAUAGAGUGCCCGGGAUGCAAGGGGACAGGAAGAAAUAAGAAGAAUGGUAACAUCUUCGAGCGCUGGAAGUGCUAUGAAUGCCAAGGAUUCGGAUUAAAGGGCUGCCCCAGUUGCGGAAAAGGAGGAUUGACACCAGAACAAAGAGGCGAAAGAUGAUUGAAUUUUCUUCUGUAAGAUACUACCAAAGAUCAAGUUGAGAUGAUUAUAAACUUUGUGUAAAUUCUCAUAAUAGAUUUUCUUGUUAUU